AUGGAAGCAGCAGCAGAAGGUGCUGUCAUCUUCAUCCUUGUGUUCUUCUGCAUGCUGAUGCGUCAUGAAGGAGGCAGGGAUUGCAUCAAGAGACUGGUGCCAGGCUCUGGAAAGCAGCAGCCUGCGCCUGAGCCGCACAGCCCGUCUCCCCUAGGAACACGCACGUACUGCCCGCCCCAGUGGAUCGGCCUUCACUGCUACCACGGCGAUGGGGCGACCAUCUGGUCCCUGGGCGUGCUGCUGUUGGAGAUGGUGUGCAGGUUCCUGCCCUUCGAGAACGAGCGUGACAUCGUGUUGGGGCAGCUCUUCUUCCCGCAGGAGGUCUCUCCAGAGUGCCAACAUCUGAUCCGCUGCUGUUUGUCCAAGCACCCCAUGGCCCGGCCAGUGCUGGAGCAGAUCUUCUACCACCCUUGGGUGGUAGGUUGGGCGGGCAUUUCUGAUGCCUUGCCGCAGCCUCUGCAGGACCCAGUUCCCGUGUCCCACGCAGGACUGAGGGCCCAGGAAAUAAAACAACCCGAAAGCCACUGCGGACUGGCAAUUCUGGUCCUUGUUAGCAACUUCAGCUAAGGGAACCUCUUGGCAAAAGGGGUAAUCACAGCGUUCCCUUCAGCCUUUGUCAAGCUUUUGAUGCCUUUUCUCCAGGUUGUCCCUCGAAACCAGA